GCGGUCGUUUUGCAUUCUCAGAGUAGUACUUGAGCUCGCCAUCCGCCUGUCCUCAUUUUGGGACACCACCCUCGUUCCUUUCCAGCCGUCCCGAUGGUGUGGCCUGUCGCGUCCACCGGGUUUCCUACCCCGAGUCUACAAGAUGCUUUGGCCGCCUCUAUCUCAAGCGGCACCUUCACCGAUACCGCAUACUACCUGUUCUCAUGUCGAACCGCUGAUGGUGGGGCGAGGCAUCCGCGCGCUGUGUACGCUAGCAGCCAGGUCUUAAAAGCGUCUGGGGAUCAUUUCGACGCUCAGCUCGGUGGCGGCUUCUCGACGAACGACGAGAUUCCAGCUCAGACGAGCGAUUACGGAUACGAGUCCGACAGUGAUCUGGACGACGAAGAGGACGUGAACGGCGACUUGGAGAUAGUGAACGGAUCCAAAGGCAAAGCCGUGGAGGAUAUCGAUAAGGAGCCAGCGUCUAUCUCCACUACUCUUCGUGACGAGGCUACAGCUCGGGGAGUACAACAUAACGUGUUUGUCCCGGAUGUCGCGGCUACAACCUGGCGCGCCCUCAUCUUCUUCAUAUACACAGGAAAGGUUUAUUUCUCCCCUCUACGAGCGUACGGUUUAGAGAACCGCCGCAAAGCCUUGAGAUGCCAUGCGGCCCAGAAUCCUGACCUCCCCGCUUUGUGCUCACCAAAGUCGCUAUACAGGCUCGCUGAUAUCAUCAGUCUGCCAAGCCUCAAAUCUCUGGCAGAAGCAGAUAUCAAACGACAGCUCUCCGUCACUUGCAUCGCAGAAGAGCUCUUCUCGUGCUUCUCGUCCACAUAUCCUGACAUACUCUCCGCACAACUUGGCUUUCUCUAUGCAGAAGGACGGAUGCCACAAGUAAUGCAGAAGAUAAAUAAGAAUCUGGCGGCGGUCACGGCGGGUCAGAUGCCUCAUGCCGAGGCAGUGUUGUCGGCCCUCUUGGGCAAACUGUCUGAGACGCUUCUGCUUGCAUCUCAGGGCUCCGCGCGAAAGCAACGAUACACGGCUCCCACUCUGGAAGAAACCCCGAAGUCCGAGUCCGAGCCUAGACCCGGGCUGCCGCCGUGGGCGACCUCUGGCUAAAUAAUCGGUAUGGACCUCUCUGACAAGUUCUUUAGGUAGUAGCACGUAAAUCUUGUCUCGUCGGAGCCGAAGGAUAAUGCACUCUCUUUCCAAGCUGGGCUCCGAAAUUUGCUCGAGAUUCCCAAACUGCACAUUCGACGCGACCUUCCGCUUUAAGAGAGUACUCGCGUAUUACAUAAUAUAGCGCCCUGCUCAUCCCUGUUACGCUUGCCGGCCGACCUCUUUGCGAUAGUACUAUAACUACGCGACCCA